UGAAAUUAAAUCGUGCCAGUUUGGGGGGCUAUUUUGUUGAAUUUGAACACUGCAGUAAGAACAAUCUAAAAAUGUAAAUAGAUAGAACGUUAGACAGAACUAUAGAGUUGGAGAUUCUCUUGAUAUAUUUGGCAAAAGUUCCUCCGUUGAGCUGCAGCAAGGAUGCAAAUACCCACAUUGAAACACACAUGCAGGAAUAAAACACAAACGUCUCGACACACUGGAUGUUUUCUAGGCGGUCCGCGCUCAAUGUAAACAAAAGCAGCAAGUGCGUGUGACCCAGGUAUUUCACUGUUUGCAGUUCCCGGAGAAGUUAGUCGACGUUUUACACUCGAAAGUAGCCAUGGCCGAUACCGCCGCACCAGCAAAGUCCCCAGCCAAGAAGAAGACCGCAAAGCCUAAGGUGCCUGCUGCACACCCCAAGUACAUCGACAUGAUCAGCGCAGCCGUUGCAUCUCUGAAAGAACGUGGUGGCUCAUCCCGACAGGCCAUUCUCAAGUACAUCAUGGCCAACUACAAAGUGGGCAACGAUGUUAACUCUAUCAACGCCCACCUGAAAAUGGCCCUGAAGAAUGGUGUUAAAAAAGGUGCUCUGAAGCAAGCCAAGGGCACAGGUGCUAGUGGCUCCUUCAAACUUGGAGACAAACCCAAGACCGAAAAGAAGCCUAAAGCCAAAAAGGUUGCCAAACCCAAGGCCGCCAAGCCCAAGAAGGCCGCCGCCAAGCCCAAGAAGCCAGCCGGUGAGAAGAAGGCCAAGACUCCAAAGAAGAAGGCCGCCGCAGCCAAGAAACCAGCCGGACCCAAGAAAGCCAAGUCCCCCAAGAAAAAGGCAGCCGCCAAGUCACCAAAGAAGGCAGCAGCCAAGCCCAAGAAGGCCAAGACCCCCAAAAAGGCAGCAGUCAAGAAAACCAAGACUCCCAAGAAAGCAGCCUGCACUCGUCAUUCAUUUUAUCUGAACUCAGAGAAGAUGGCACGUACCAAGCAGACUGCAAGAAAAUCUACAGGAGGCAAGGCCCCACGAAAACAGCUGGCUACCAAGGCAGCCCGUAAGAGCGCACCAGCCACCGGUGGCGUUAAGAAACCUCACAGAUACAGGCCAGGAACUGUCGCUCUCCGUGAGAUCAGGAGAUACCAGAAGAGCACCGAAUUGCUCAUCAGAAAACUCCCAUUCCAGCGCCUUGUCCGUGAAAUCGCUCAGGAUUUCAAGACCGAUCUGCGUUUCCAGAGCUCAGCCGUCAUGGCCCUCCAGGAAGCCAGCGAGGCCUACCUCGUCGGGCUCUUUGAGGAUACCAACUUGUGUGCUAUCCACGCCAAGAGAGUGACCAUCAUGCCAAAGGACAUCCAGCUUGCUAGACGUAUCCGUGGCGAGAGAGCCUAAGCCUUUUCUUGUCUCAGACAAAACACAAACGGCCGUUUUCACGGCCACCAAUAUCUUUAGAAAAGAUGCCUUCAUGCAAACUCGAGAAACGUACGUAACAAUAUAUAUAAAACCAGUCGUCUUAAUAUUGUGUAUGAAUAAAUGAG